AAAGGCAAAGAAAAAAAAACCCUUCGAUUUUGAACAUGUUCAAUAACACUUUUCAAUCUGGGUUUCUUUCAAUCUUAUACAGCCUAGGGAGCAAACCUCUUCAGAUCUGGGAUAAAGAAGUUGAAAAUGGGCAUGUUAAACGAACUCAUGAUGACGACAUUCAAUCGAAUGUAUUGGAAAUAAUUGGAUCAAAUAUUCAUUCCACGUUUAUCACUUGCCCAGCUGACCCUUCUGCAACGCUUGGUAUUAAACUUCCAUUCUUGGUUAUGAUUGUUAAAAACUUGAAGAAAUAUUUCUCUGUGGAGAUUCAAGUUCUUGAUGAUAAGAACAUCCGUGCUUCUAAAUUUCAAGCUGUCACUCGAGUAAAGCCAUGUAUAUGUACCAUGCCACUGAGAUUGGAAGAGGGGUGGAAACAAAUUCAGUUGAAUCUGGCUGAUUAUACACGAAGGGCCUAUGGAACUAAUUAUAUUGAGACCCUGCGUGUUCAGGUACAUGCAAAUUGCCGACUACGUAGGAUAUAUUUCUCCGAUCACUUGUACUCAGAAGAGGAGCUACCACCAGAAUUCAAGCUAUACCUCCCAGUUCAGGUAAGAACAAAAUGUAAUUUCAUCAACUUGGAAGGUUAGGCUCAUUCACAUUUAUUCGGUAUCUUUAGU